GAAAUGCUUUUCUGCAUUUUUUUUUUCUGCCAUGCACCGACUCUUCAGUGAAAGCUGCCAAAGCUGUGGUUAAAGCAAGGUGAGAGAAGCUAGCAACAGAAGAAAGAGAACCAUUUGAUGGAAGAAAAGAAAAAGAAAAAACAAGAAGAAAAGACCAAGAAGGACAUCGCUCAGAAAAAGGCUAUUGAUCAGAAACCCAAAGUGCCAGAGCCUGCUCCCACUAAGCCCAGUCCCGGCCCACCCCACCACCUCCACCUCACCAGCCCUACGCUGCCCCUCUCCUCCUCCUCCUCCUCUUCUUCUGGCAAUGGCAAGCGCGCCUCCUACAGUAGCCAGCUCGCAACUCAGACUCCCCCUCAGCAGCAGUGCCAGUUGUCUUCUGCCAGUGCUCGCUACCCGCCCAGAGAGGUGCCCCCACGCUUCCGCCAGCAGGAGCACAAGCAGCUACUGAAGAGAGGCCAGCCGCUGCCUGCAGGAGCCCUCGGCGACCUCCCCCUCUCCUCCUCCUCGUCCUCCUCUUCACCCUCAUCAUCCUACUCUCCUUCUUCUACAACUACCAGCAGCACUACCCCAAACUCUGCCACGACCACUGCAGGCAAACGCCACCCAGACCUAUCUCUCCAGAGUGGCCCUGGUGCCCAGUAUGAGACCUCUCACUGGGGAGCUUCUUUGUCAGUUGACAGCCCCUCCAGUGCCAAUAGCUGGGACAAAGUGAUUAUUGACGGAAGUGAUACACAAGCUUGGCCCACCAUCAGUCGUAGUAGUGACCCAAGCCAGCCUAUAAUACCAGAAUGCCCCUUGGGCUCAGCUAGCUCUAACUCAGACAACAGUACUGUCGCUACCACCAGUAGUAGUAGUUUUCUGAGUAUGGCCACAGGUGCCGCAGGCCAGCAGGCCCACUACCCUUCACUCAAAGCUAACAAUAACAUGAUGACAGGACCUGGGUCAGCCAACACAUUAGUUGGUAGUAGAGGUUGGGGCUCAGAUGGGAAACAAGAUGGUAUUAAUGGUGGUUGUGUAGGAGGGCCCAAUAACUGGGGCUCUCCCAAUUUUAACUUGAACCUCAAUCCCAAUGCCAACCCAUCAGCCUGGCCUGUUCUGGGCCAUGAGGGUGGUGGGGGUGGUGGUAUGGGCCCCAAUGGGGUGUCCAAUUCUUCAUCUCUCCCACCAGGUAUUAAUGGCAAUGGAAAUGUGGGAAAAGGGAGUCUGGGAGGUGCAGAUAAUAGUGGGGGAAGUUGGGUUAGCAUGAUAUGUGCUAACAAAAAUGAUCAGCCACACUCUUCAACCAACACAAACUUAUCCUUUAAUAUGGAACCUGCUAACCUUAACUCUGAUGGACCAAACCACACUAAGCAACAACAGCAAGCUCAGGAGCCUAUGAGCCCUAUCCAUGGGUUAACUGGCUGGGGAGGUCAGUCACCCACUGAGUCAUCCCAGCUCAAUGGGGACACAACAGGCAGCUCUGUAUGGUGUAGUGGAGAAACCAAGGCAGCUGACUCCCCCAAGGACUCAAGCUGGGAUUCAACUCCAUCUGGAGGCCUAUCUGCCUGGGGCCGCCAAGGCAGUGGUGGUGGGAGUAGUGGAAGUGGUGGCUGGGGUGACUGGGGGAAAUCCUCUGGUGGUGUAGAUACAUCUAAAGGUUGGGACUCUGUAGAGGCUGGAAGUUCUGGAUCGGGCCAAGAGCAGCAACUUAGCUCAUGGGGCCAACAGCCUCGAACAGCCCCAGCAAGUGAGGGUAGUGGAGACAGCAGUGAAGGUCGAUCUUGCUGCAGAGACAGAUCCUCCAGCAUGGAUUUUGCUCCUUUGCUACCCCGGCAGGACUUGGACCCUAGGGUGCUGAGCAACUCAGGUUGGGGACAGACCCCCAUCCGACAGCACACUGUAUGGGAGAUGGAAGAAGCCAACUCUGAUGAUGGGAAAAGCUGCAGCAGCAGCAGCAGCAGCACAGACACCAUAGGAGGCUCCAGCUCUAAUGGCGGACCCUCAUCUACCAAUGGAGGUACCAUCAACCCUAGUAUUGGCCCCAGUCAGAGGCCUGGGUCUGGAGGAAAAAGUGACAGUGAAGGCUCAUUGUCCUCGAACUGGGGAGCCCCUCCACCCCAGCCAAUCCAGCCUGGAUCAGGAUGGGGAGAAUCCCCACAGUCACUCAGCAAGACCUCAAAUGGUCCAACCAGUGGCUGGGGAGACCCUUUGCCUACUAAUGGUCAUAAAAGUGGGGUUACCGCAUCCUGGGGUUCUGAGGACAAGUCACCUAGCUGGGAUGAUGGCCUAACAAAAUGCCAACCUACUAGCUGGGGAGAGGGUCCCAAAAGCUCGCAUGGCUGGGGCAACAGUAAUGGGGGAUCUAACAGCUCCAGCACAGGGGACUGGGUGGAGCCCGAGGUCAAGAACAGUGGACCUGCCAGCAGCAUGUGGGAAGAAGGAGGGAAUGGAUGGAAAGAAUCCCCCAGAAAUGGAAAUAGAGGAGGAGGCUGGGGUAAGCUGGCUCCUGCUGCCAGUAAUAGCAGCUGGGGUGAGACCCCACGUGCCAAUGGCCCUGUACAAGGAGGCUGGGGCUCUUCCAAGCCCCAGGAAAGUAGCAGCAAUAGCAGCACUGGCAGUGGAGGAGGUGGCAGUAUUGGUUCCUGGGGUGGUCCUGGUUGUGUGAAACAGAACACCUCUGGCUGGGGCAAUGUGAGCAAACAUGACCAGGGCAUGGAGCCCACUGGCUGGGAAGAGCCCUCCCCUCCCUCCAUUCGCAGGAAGAUGGAGAUUGAUGAUGGAACAUCCACCUGGGGUGAUCCCAGUGCCUACAACAAGACUGUUAACAUGUGGGAUCGCAACAAUCCCAGUAGUAACCCAGGCAACAGUGGCCCACCUCCCAGUAAGAAUGGUGGAAUGAUCAUCCCCAACAAUAACAACAACAAUCACUCUGUCAGCACAGGAAACAACAAUCACCAUCACACGCAUCACAUGCACCACCAUCCCCAUCACAGCCAGCCCCCAGCUCACCUGCAGCACCAUGGAAACAACAAUGGGUCAGCCAACAAUGGCGCCUCGCAUCCAGGUGCAGGUCCCCAGGGUAGACCCCCCCUCACCAACCCAGGUUGGGGAGAGCUUCCCAGUGUUCAGCCUAAGUCAGAGCCUGCUUGGGGAGAGCCAGCAGCUCCAACAUCAGCUGUGGACAAUGGCACCUCUGCCUGGGGCAAGCCCCCAGCUGGAGUGGGAGGAUGGGGAGAUGGCGGCCACAAGGCCUCUGGACCCUAUGGCAGGGCCAGCGGACCUACAGGUUCUGCUCCCUGCAAGCCAGGCCCCAAACCUAUGCAAGAUAGCUGGGGAAAUGGAGGAGAGGAGAUAGGCAUGUCUACCAGUCAAUGGGAAUCAGAGGAUGGGGACAUGUGGAACAGCCCCACCUCCCAGGAAAGCAGCUCCUCCUGCAACUCUUGGGGCAAUGGACCCAAGAAGGGCCCAAGCAAGGGAAAGAUUGGCAACAAACCAGAUGAGACCUGGAUCAUGAACCGUCUUAUCAAACAGCUCACUGACAUGGGCUUUCCGAGAGACCCUGCUGAGGAGGCUUUGAAGAGCAACAACAUGAACCUUGACCAGGCAAUGAGCGCUCUGUUGGAGAAGAAGACUGACCUGGACAAACGGGGCAUGGGCAUGUCUGAUUACAGCAACGGCAUGAACAAGGCCCUGGUGUGUCGGCCCUCUGCACUCUCCAAAGACCCCUCCGACCGCACCACCUUUCUCGAAAAGGAUGGUGUUCUGUCAGAUGAUGCCCCCCCAUCACCGUUUCUGCCUUCCCCCAGCCUAAAGCUCCCCCUGGCCAACAGUAGCCUUCCUGGGCAGGGUCUGGGACAGAGCAGCCCGGGGCUAGCCAUGCAAAACUUGAACAACAGACAGAUACCAAGUGGAAUGUUUGGCAGUAGUGGAGCAGCACAAACCCGGGCCAUGCAGCAGCAGCAGCCGCCUCCUCAGCCACCAGUGCCACCUCUGAGCUCCUCCCAGCCUAGUCUACGUGCUCAAGUGCCUCAGUUUCUCUCCCCUCAGGUCCAAGCACAGCUCUUGCAGUUUGCAGCAAAAAACAUUGGUCUGAAUCCUGCACUUUUAACCUCACCAAUAAACCCUCAACAAAUGACCCUGUUGUACCAACUUCAGCAAUUGCAAAUGGCGUACCAGCGUUUACAAAUCCAACAGCAGAUGAUGCAGGCGCAGCGCAAUGUUUCCGGCCCCAUUAGACAACAAGAGCAGCAAGUUGCACGUACAAUCACCAACAUGCAGCAGCAGAUCCAGCAGCACCAACGUCAGCUGUACCAGGCACUGCUGAUGAAGCAGCAACUUCCCUCUCAUUCCUCCUCCUCUUCCUCAUCCUCCUCCUCCUCCUCCUCCGCCGGUCUGCAUCCCCCAAGUGGCCCUGCCGGAGGCCCUGGCUCCGGCAAAUCAACCCUGGACCCCUUCACAGGCCCACACCAGGCUCAGAGCCUUGCCGACACACUGCACACCAAAGAGCCGCCAUCAUCGCCCAACGCCUACAGCACCUACCCUCUCUCUGGACUGAAUCCAAACAUGAAUGUAAACUGCAUGGAAGUUGGGGGUCUGUCCCUAAAGGAGCCCCCUCAGCCCCAGUCCCGCCUGUCCCAGUGGACACACUCCAACUCCAUGGACAACCUCCCUGGCAACUCCUCAAACAUGGAGAACAACCUCAAUAAGCACGGUGCCAUAUCUGCUGCCUCUACUCUGGGCCCCCCUGGGAAGCCCCCCCAGCUGGAGGACUCGUACAGCCCUUACAAUCUAAUAUCCAGCUCCGACUCACCCACCAGCCCCCUGGUGCCCCCAGACAGCUGGGGCCAGGGCAAGAGCCCUAACGAAAAGAUCUCCAAUGGGACCAACAUUAACUGGCCCCCAGAGUUCUGCCCAGGUGUGCCAUGGAAGGGCCUUCAGAACAUUGACCCUGAGAAUGACCCCAACAUGACCCCUGGCAGCGUCCCUAGUGGGCCCACCAUCAACACAAACAUCCACGACGUAAACCGAUACCUGCUGAGGGACAGGAAUGGAGCCACUUCCCCACAUCAGAAUGGCUCUCUGCCUCCAACCAGCAGUGACUGGCCAGACAGUGGCUGCUCUAGCUCUUUCAGCCUGUCGUCCUCUGAUGGAGACAGCUCAGGUAAACUGUCUGACAUGAAGUCCACCUGGUCCCCAGGACCUAUCUCCCAGAGCCAAGCCUCUCUCUCCCAUGAGCUGUGGAAAGUCCCGCAGGGGCCGCGCAGCACCACGGCUCCUUCUCGGCCCCCACCGGGCCUGACCAAUACCAAGCCCUCCUCCACCUGGGGUGGCAACUCACUCGGCCUGGCCCAAGGCUGGAGCGGCUCCUACUCCUCUGAAGGAACCACCUGGAGCACCGACAGCUCCAACAGGACCAGCAGCUGGCUGGUGCUGAGAAAUCUCACUCCACAAAUCGAUGGUUCGACUCUGCGGACCCUGUGCAUGCAGCAUGGCCCCCUGAUCACAUUCCACCUCAGCCUGACCCAGGGGAACGCCGUGGUGCGCUACAGCUCCAAGGACGAGGCCGCCAAGGCCCAGAAGUCCCUGCACAUGUGUGUGCUUGGAAACACCACCAUCCUGGCGGAGUUUGCCGGCGAGGAGGAGGUGAACCGCUUCUUUGCACAAGGCCAGUCACUAGGGGCAAACACCACUAGCUGGCAGGCCAACCCGGGAGCCAAUCAAAACCGGAUGGGCGGGGCAACCCAGUCCCACUCAAUUGGCCAGUGGAGCAGCGGCGGAGGUGGAGGCAAGGCCAGCGGAGGCGACAUGCUGUGGGGCGGGGUGCCCCAGUAUUCUAGCCUGUGGGGACCGCCAAGCGGAGAGGAUGCCCGUGUGAUCGCGAGCCCCACCCCCAUUAAUACCCUGCUGCCUGGAGAUCUGCUGAGUGGGGAGUCCAUGUAGGAUGAUGCCACUAUACACUAACCCACCAACCCACCACCGCCAUGUCAUGUAAGGCGUCGGUGAAGGGCGGGGUGAAAAAAAAAUUCAGUAUGAACAGGAGCAAAGCCCAAGCAAAUCAUGUGGCGAUAAUCAGUAUCAAUUUGAACUGUGAAUUGUGAAUCAGAAGGCUGGAGUCCCUACCACACAGACUGCCAACUACAGUCCUUCUGUUUUACUUUUGUCCUUUCGGUUUGGUUUACCUUGUUUUGGGGGGAAAAAUUAUUUUUUUUUCCCUUUUACUAUUUUUGAAAUGCAUAAUAUGGAACUAACUGAAAUGAGACACAACACAAAGAAAUCUUUUAAGUGUUUUUUAGUUUUUCCAUAAGUAUAGACACUCUGUGUGAAGUGUUUUUAGAAGAAG